AAGCGCGGGGACAAGAGAGAGAGAGAGCUAGAGGGCAGAGGUGGAGAGGAUUUAGAGAGAGAAGAGCGCGCGCGCGGGGGGCUGGAGAGAGAAGGGAGAGGUAAGGCAGCGGGACGCAGAGCGGCAGAGGGUGGCGAUGCCACUUCGCGCAGAGGGCGGAGGCCCCGAGAAGAAGCAGACGCCGGACAUCAAGGGACUCUUCCUCUUCAGAGACGUCCUGGGGACGGGCGCAUUCUCAGAGGUGGUGCUGGCAGAGGAGCGCUCCACGGGGAGGCACGUGGCCAUCAAGUGCAUCGCCAAGACGGCACUCCGCGGCAAGGACAACACCGUGGAGAACGAGGUGUGCGUGCUCUCCAGGAUCAAACAUGAGAACAUCAUCGCGCUGGAGGACAUCUACGAGACCGACUCGCACCUCUACCUUAUCAUGCAGCUGGUGUCGGGCGGGGAGCUGUUUGACCGCAUCGUGGAGCGCGGCUUCUACACGGAGCGCGACGCGAGCGCCCUCAUCCGCCAGGUGCUGCGCGCAGUCUCGCACCUCCACGGCCAAGGCGUGGUGCACCGUGACCUCAAGCCGGAGAACCUGCUGUACUACAGCGCCGAGGACGACUCCAAGAUCAUGAUCAGCGACUUCGGCCUCUCCAAGGUGGAGGCGCCGGGCAGCGUGAUGUCCACGGCAUGCGGCACACCGGGAUACGUGGCCCCCGAGGUUCUGGCUCAGAAGCCGUACACGCGUGCUGUGGACUGCUGGUCUAUCGGGGUGAUCUCCUAUAUCCUGUUGUGCGGGUACCCUCCGUUCUACGACGAGGUCGACUCACGUCUAUUCGACCAAAUCCUAAAGGCAGAGUACGAGUUCGACUCCCCCUACUGGGACGACAUCUCCGACUCUGCCAAGGAUUUCAUCCGUCACCUCAUGGAGAAGGAUGUGGCUGAGCGGUUCACGUGUGAGCAGGCGCUGCAGCACCCGUGGAUCGCAGGGGACACGGCGCUCGACAAGAACAUCCACGAGUCCGUGAGCGCGCAGAUUCGUAAGAACUUCGCCAAGCGCAAGUGGAAGCGCGCGUUCAAUGCCACGGCCGUGGUGCGGCACAUGCAGAGGCUGCAUCUGGGCUCGAGUCAGGAGGGCCCCCCCCCCCUUCCCCCGUGCCCCCCCCGACGCCUCCCCCCUCCAGCAGCCCUGCGAGGGGAGGGGCCGCGGGGGCACCCCACAGCACGGCCCCCGAUGCGUAUUAAGGGGGCCUGGGCCCCGACUUCCCCCCCUGUUCCCCGGCUCCACCACGACGCCAGGGUCAUUCGUGGACCUGCAAAAGUUCCCCUAAAAGAGGGGGUGGGGGGCUUCCAAGGGGGUCUCGGGGGGUAAUGAGGGAGUUAUCAUGGGGGUCUUAGGGGUCUCACGGGGUUUCUCAGUGACCCCCCCUCGUUGCAUGUUUACACUGCACGCACCUGUAUGUCACCUGUACGUCAUCUGUCUGUUAGCUCGCGUUAGCUGUAUGUCAGCUGUAUGUUAGCUGUAUGUUAUCCUGCGUGACUUUAUGGAUGUAGGAGGAUGUACAUGGAGUAUAAUGUAGUGACACGCGGAAUGGGAGUGUGUGUGUGUGUGCGUCGGUGUGGGUGUAGAUGGAGAGUGGUGGCAUGAUGGUUAGCGCAAUGCGCUACAAACACGCCAACCCCAAUUCGAUUCUUUCUCUCACGCACGGCCAACAUCAGUGGCGAUUAUCCAAACUGGUGGUGCUGGGUCUCACCCUAGUUCGACUCAGCAUUAAAUGAGUACCCGGUGAGGUGUAAAUAAAAAAAAUCAGCACUGGGGAGACAAAGGUGGCCAGGCGUGAUCCUCGCCAUACCACCCCUGUCAUAGGUGCUUGCUAACAAAAUUUGCACCAACAGCCUGUGUAGGAUACAUGGAGGAUCUUUGUGUAUUUCUGUGUCUGCGUAUGAGUGUAUGCGUGAGUGCUGCCACGUUCGCACAACCACCGAGUAGCAGGCUGGUCCGUUUCGUGAAACAGGAAAUUUGGCAGAGCCUGGGUUCCCAGAGAAGCCGAUACGGUUCGGGGCCGUGUGGCUGCACAAACUGUCACUCGGGCAGCUGGAAUCCCGUGUCCAUAUCUGAGGCGGAGAAAACCUGAGUUCCUACCUCGCUGCACCCGUGGUGAUUGAUCCAGAACUCACUGGAGGGAGGGAAUGGAUGGGCAGGGGCAGUGUAUUCAUAGCCGGGCGGCUAUUGAACUGCAGGGGUAUAAGACAUGAGCGGCUGCUGGAUGCACUGUUGGAACGGAUCGGCACGGCUCUCUGGUCUACUACACAGCGGUUGUGGGAGCGCCGCAGGGAUGGUGUGAGUGCCGCGUGUCGCUGCGCACGCAUGCCGCGUCCCACGAGACCACCCACCUAUGCAGAGAGACCCAACCCUGACCCGCACACUCAUCCCCUUAUCCCCCCUCAUCUAUUCCUUUCACCCCAUAUCCACAAAUCCCCAAAAUCAUCCACCCUCUCUUCCCACGUACCCCCCUAUACCAUCACUCACCCUCCCCUUCAUUGUUCAACACACCCUCUAUAUACUCACUUACCCCCCUAUUCCUUUCACCACCUAUUCCGCAAAUCCCUCAACUUAUCUCCCUCACCC